GGUAGUAGAUGUACUUUUUAGUAUCUUCCGAAGCGAAAGGAUUGUAGAAGCCAUUAAAGGAGACAUUAACACAUCAGUAGAGAUGGAGAGUAAACAGAUUACAGAAAGUGCGUUUCCUGUUAAUGCCCCAUUGUCCAAGGUGUUUUUGUUGAAGUGCUGUUCGUUGUGAUGGCCUCCAUCUUACUCGCCGUAAUUCUUGCGCUAUCUUUGGUGUCAUGCGUCCAUUCAACAGCGCCAAAAUACGAUUAUUGUGUAGUUGGUGCUGGUCCGGGAGGUUUGCAAAUCGCGUAUUAUCUGGAAAGAGCGAAUCGCAAUUACAUCGUGUUUGAACGUGGGCCAUCAGCAGGUACGUUUUACAGGAAGUAUCCGCGACAUCGAAAGCUGAUUUCUAUCAAUAAGAGAUUCACAGGGCAAACUAAUAAAGAGUUUAAUCUCAGACACGACUGGAACUCUCUCAUUAGCGACGAUGAAAGUCUACGAAUGACGCUUUACUCGAAAGAAUUCUUCCCCGAAGCAGAUAUUUUGGUUCAAUAUCUGGAAGAUUUCGCAACAAAACUUAACCUGAGCGUCUCCUACAAUACAAACAUUGUGAACGUGUCUAAAGAUGUCUUUAAUGACAUAUUCAUUGUCAAAGAUCAGAAUUCCAACACCUAUAUUUGCUCCGAUUUGAUUAUGAGCACUGGAAUGUCGACAGAAAUUAUACCUACGUUCAAAGGUUCAGAAUUUGCUGAGUCAUACGGAGCGAUGGACAUAGAUCCAGACAACUACGAAGGUCAAAGCGUACUUAUUCUUGGUCGUGGCAAUUCCGCGUUUGAAACUGCUGAUAACAUUAUGCGAUCGACCAAUUUGAUUCAUAUGAUAGGAAGAUCACGUGUUCGCUUGGCCUGGGCUACACAUUAUGUUGGUGAUUUACGAGCGGUUAACAAUGGCUUGCUUGAUACUUAUCAACUGAAAUCAUUGGAUGGAUUAAUAGAGGCAUCCAUAAACGAAGACCUUGCUCUUGUCAAACACGAUGGCAAGUACUACGUUGAUGUGCAUGGUGGAAGUGGCAAAGUCAUAAACACAACAGGAGUAGGAGCUGAUAACUUUGCUAUUCGUGAUCCGUACGAUCGAAUACUGUCAUGUCUUGGUUUCAAAUUUGAUUUCUCGAUAUUUGAUGACAGUGCACAACCUGGUGCUUGUGGAGGCAAGAAGAAAAAGUUCCCUUCAAUUCAAGGAAACUUUGAAAGUACAAGGGUACCAAGAAUGUGGUUUGCUGGUGUCGCCUCACAUUCGUUGGAUUGGCGGAAAUCCGCCGGUGGAUUUAUUCAUGGUUAUCGAUAUACUGGGCGAGCUCUGCAUCGCAUACUGGAGUGGAAAAAUCACGGUGUAAAAUGGCGCCAUCACAUUCUAAAAGUUCCCGAUAUUCUCAAUAUGAUUGUAAAGAGAAUCAACGAAGCAUCGGCGACUUAUCAAAUGUUUGGCGUUCUUGUUGAUAUGAUCAUUUAUCAGCAAGAUGGAAAUGCUAUCUAUGUUGAAGAGUUUCCUCUGCAAUUGAUUCCACAAAUAGAACAAUACACUGGUUUGCCUGAAGGACCAAUCAUAGUCAUCAAUCUGGAGUAUGGAAAAAAAUUCUCUGGCGCAGGGAAAGAUCCGUUUCACGAGGAGCGUGCUACAGGCGAUCCAGCCGAUGCGCACAAUUCAAAUUUUCUACAUCCAGUUAUAUAUUUCUACCACACUCCUCCUUCCAAAUUGCCUGGGAACACGAAACUACCAAAACCUGAUCGUAUACACCAUAUUGUUGAAGAUUUUCUUACAAACUGGAUGGCUCCCAAUUCUCAUAUCGUUCCUUUGAGACGGUUCCUGGAAACCGUGAGCCGUGCAGAUUUAAAAUUUUUUGCACAAAGCUGCUUUAAACUCGCGAUGACCCACACAACGUUGCUUACUUGUAAAGAGCAAUAUCUUAAAGGAUCAACUAUUCCUGGUGUUGACGACUUAAUAACAAUUGCUCGGUCUAAAGAAGUGCUAAUUUAAACAAAAUGAAGAUGUCCACGUUUCUAUUUAUUUCAAUUCAAAUACCGUUCAUGAUCUUGGAGUCUAUGUGUUUGCGCACUAGAUUUAUUAAUUGAAAUGAACAAUUUGUUUAGUUGUACAAAAAUUCGCUUUUUUUCUAGUCGUGCAGUAGAUGCCAUUAAAGUUUGUAAAUAAGCUUAUUUCUUGCGCUCUUUUGCUUCAAAAGGACUAUUCAAAAUCUA